GUCGUUUUAAAUUGUAUUUCUGUGGCUUCUUAAACCCCUUUGUUAUUCGUUACCUAACUAAAGAAAACAUAAGAAAAAAAUAUAAGUAUCGUAAAAAGUUAACAAAGUGUUGUGACUUGCAUCUCGAUUAAACUAUUUAUGUGGCAGAUUUACCUUGACACGCGAUUAAUUUAUUCAGUUCCGCUACGUACAUACUUAGAUAUUUAUAAAAAUAUUUGGCAGCGAUAAGACUGUAUAAAACCCUUAUCUAUAUCUGAGAAUUAUUUAUUACUUUAGAUUAGACAGCAAUUGAUAGUACCAUACCAUAAUCCUCUGUGAUGCAUAUUUCUUACCGAAAUUAUAGUAGUAACUUGUCUCCGAAACUUAUUAUCACUUUUGGAUUGUGACUCAUUGAAUAUUGCACUCAAGAAACUAGUUUUAUUCAAUAGGUACUUGUGACAUCACAAAUAAUGCACAGUUUAUCAAGUUUUCAAAAAUACUUAUGCUGAUGGCAAUUUCAUAUUGAAUUUAUGUUAUUAUGUAUCACAAAUAAAAUGAUGUUCGUUUUGUUGUUAAGAUAUUCAAUUAAUAAUAUUACCUCAGAGCAUAACACAAUUUAGCGAUAUGAAAGAUAAAUAGGGUAAUUUUGACAAUUUAGCGAACCUUUUUACUAUGCGUUCCCUUCUAUUGUUCUGUAGACCAUAUGUACAUGUAUGAUUUUUUUUUCAAUACUAAUGAAAGCAAAAAUAUUAUGUACUAAAGAUUUUAAGUUUUACUAUAAUUCAUGUACUGUUAACAAUGUUUUCCAACUAGAUUGUGUUUACAUGCAGCAAUGACAAAUGUGGCAUCCUAUAUAUAAAAGCUAAAGAAAAAAGUAUAUAAUAUUGGCUACUAAACUAGUAUGAGAUGUAGUAAGAAUGUUAAUUAUGUUAUUCCAAGAAAUGUCCGCUGCAAGAACAUAUAUUGCAACAAGCCACAGGAAAUACUUAUGUUUGCAAAUGUACUAACAGUAGUUUGUAACCUGACAAAGCUUAUAAUAUAACUUAUAUUAUUAAUUUUAUAGAUUGUAUAUGAUAUCAUUAAACAUUUUGAUUUUUUGAAGGUCUACUAAACUAUGUAUUACACACCAUGUACCGCCAAAAGUAUAAUAUAUAAUGUUUUGAUUCCACUAAUUUUAUGACCAUGCUUUCGUUUAUUGAAAGAAUAUGUGGAAAAAUAGUAAGCCAUUUAAUAUGUAGAAAGACUUUACACUCAAAACAAACUUGCAUUCAGUUAUUUAGUAAUAUUAAUUUAUAAUUAAAUAACUGUGGUAAAGAUGACUUCCUGUUAAUUGUGAUAAUAUUUAAUUAUACCUAUUACUACUUUGGACAUGAGCAAUCUUCAAACUAUUGAAAUUAACUAAUAGGAUACAAAAUGACUUAUUAUUUUUUAAGUGAAGCACUUGAAGUUUAAUGAGUAUCUUUAACUAAAACAUUAUGUAAUUGCAUUUGUUUUUUUAAUUAUAGAUUAAUGUAACUAGUUUAUAAUAUAGUUUUGAGCACAGCUUACAUUCUAGUAUAUUAAAGCAAAACUAGACUGUAAUUUACAAGCGGAAAAUAUUAAUAAGACCCAGUUUCAAGACAUUGUUUUAUGAGAAUUAAUUGCACAUUCGUUCCUGGUGCAUUAGAGGUACUUCCAUUGUGCCAAAAAUUAUACAUUCACAACUUACACAAUAGUUUACAUCUUUAAUUUGAGAACUCCAAAAUGUCAGCGUGGAGCGUUUCGGUCGCGGCUUUCGUGACGCAACAACCGUUACCAAUUCACACGGCGGAUUUGUUAUUCCUCCGGGGCUUCAAGUUAGUGAAGUUAUUUGGCUUUAGAUGAAACAUCCUCAGUCGGUUUGCUUGUAGGCGUUUCAUAAUUGUGGCGUUUAGCGGCACUUUCCCACGGUUCGAUUGUUAUUCUCUAAUCGAUGUGAGCCGCGUCGUGCGUAGCCGUCGAGGUGACUGAUAUCGCUGCGUGAGACUUCACUGUUACGUUUUCGGAAAUGGACCCAGAAGUUGACCUCCUAACUCUUUCUAAUGGCAUUGUUAAGGUUGCCAAUCUAGGCCAAAAAACCGAGAACGCCUAAGGCCAAAACAAACUGUUCUGGUUCGAGAUACCAUUCCUUUUUUUUUAGUACCAAGUAAUAACAGCUAGCUAACCUGCCAGUAGUGAAAUGAUUCGACUUGUGUUUUCCUACACCUACUUGCAUAGAGAAGUUGUAGGAUGUCAGGCAUGUGGGAGUAUUACAUACGUAAUUGGUUAUUUACGUGAAUACACAAUACAUGUACUCUUCAUAAUAUCUAAUAACUAUUGUCAUACUUGUGUAUCUUGCUGACUCAACUAACCUUAGAUUAAUUAAGAUUCUAUCUCAAAAUCAAACCAACUGUUACUAAAAUACGUUUGAAAUUGGUAAAGGCUAAGUACUUACUUGGUUUAUUACCUACGUUGUUCAAGACAAACAUUCUUACAUGUUGUUUCAAAUUAAUGGGAAUGUAAUAUAAGUAAAUUGCUUAUUUAAUGUAGAGUGUACUUACCUACAGUGACUGCUCAAGUCACGUACACGCACACAUAAAACCUAAGUACUCAAUAUUAACUCAUUAUCUAAAUACCUACUUGCUGGCGGUAUAGCAUGAAACGGGUGCAUAUCAAGUUAGUUUCCUAUGAACUUUAACACGUAAGCGCUUAUUGUGUGUUACGAAGAAAAUAAACCGGUCUAUUUAGGUAAGUAGGUACUAGGUAAAUGUUGUAGUGUUUGCCUAGUGUAGCCAGCGUUAUCUAUAUGGGCCGUGGUUUCCUCCACGGGCCACCGAUUGCACCCGUAUGUGAACACGAUCUUUCCUAUUAUUUUAAAGUUCGUUAUCGCCUGCCUUCCUUCCUUGUAUAGCAGGUUUCAAUAUCAACGUUAUACUAUAAUUAAACGAACCAAUAGAACACAAUAAAAUAAAAUCUAUCCUGGAUUUGUUUUUUGUUUAUAAUGCUAUUUUUUUUACAAAAAACCCAUCCUAGAUUGUUGGUCUAAUAGGCAUGUUCACUAAUUUUAGAAAUAGCUUUUAAUUUAUAAAUAGAGCUUAAAUAAACACGAAAAAAAUAUUUUUGAGAAAAAAAUAUCACUAACUUCAAUAAAAAAACAAUUAAAAAAAUAUUUUUCAAAAAUUGCCGCCGAAACGCUCCCAAAUAGUCACGUGAUAAAUAUCUACGUCACCGGCCGAUAAACAAAGCUCGCGUUCUAUGAGAGUCCACUGUUUUUUACUGAAAUAUUGUUGAUACAAACUGUAAUAAUGACCUCGUUUUACAAAACAUGUGCAGUGCCAAUGUGCAAGAGUACGUCAAUAACAACACCACAGAAACUUUUCAUAUACGUUCCAAAAAAUGCACUAAUAAGAAGAAAGUGGUUAUCACUUGCUAGAAGACACCCAGCAUCAUUGUCAGCGACAAGCACCAGUUAUUUUUGUGAAGAUCACUUUGAUCUUCCGAAAGACAUGGAAAACUAUGUAGAAUACACUACAAUGGGUGUAGUAUCCCGCAUAAGAAUGAGACCCGGUUGUUUACCUACAAAGUUUGCUUGCCAACCAAAUAGAGCCAACAUUUCUACUGAUGUCUGUCGCCCAGUCGCUGCAAAAAGGCAAAGACUCUCAUUGAUAAGGGAAUGUGAAGAAGAGAUAAGAGCAGCACAACCUGCUAAAGCUCAACCAAUAGAAAAUUUAAAUAUUGAAGUUCUAAAUCAAGAUGAAGAUCCAGUCCAAGAACAACUACAAAAUACAACAAAAUUUGAUAAAGCAGUCCAGAUAUGCAUAAGAGCCAAAUAUCGAAGUAAAACUACUCAAACUGAGACAAAAUCAAGUACGAAGAAAACCUCUCCUAUAAAGGUUUUUAGCACAUCUGUGUCUACUUCUCCAUUUAAAAUUAAACAGUUAAGGCCAUUUAUAAAACCACACCAGUUUUGCUCAAAAGCAACAGUAACAUGCAACUCAAGUAAUGAUGAUAAAUCUGAUAGUGAUGUGUCAUCUGUAUACACACCACCUGUAGCACCUAUGACAAAAUCUUCUUCGGACACAAGUAUUUUAAAUGAACCAGAUUUUAAAAAAGAACAUUACCGAAAAUCUAUGUUAGAAUAUACUGUAGAGAGAAUAAAAAAAAGAACACUGUUCUAUAUUGGUGUACCAAAAGAUUGUUAUGAUUUAAUUAAAAUUAUGCAUGAGCAUACUGGUAUUCCUGAAUACCAAAUAUUGUUGUGUUUAAAAAAAAUUCGUUUGGACACAAAGUUUUCUGAACUUUCUGAUGAGUUUGGAAUAAGUAAAACAUAUGUAUCAAAAAUAGUAUCUGAAAAUAUACCUAAAAUUGCAGAAAUCAUGAGGCCUUUUAUUGUUAAAUUAGACAAGACUUCUAUCAAAAGAUGCUUGCCAAUAGCCUUUAGAAAAAACUAUUAUAAUGUAACAUGCAUUAUAGAUUGCCUAGAAAUUGAAAUACAAAAGCCUGGUAAAGCCGUGAAUCAAUCUCUAACUUGGUCUGAAUAUAAAAAAGCCAACACCAUAAAAUACCUUGUUUCUAGUACACCUAAUGGGCUAGUGAAUUAUAUUUCACAAGGGUAUGGAGGUAGAAUAAGUGAUGUAUGUCUGGUAGAAACUUGUGAUUUCCUUAAAUGUUUACCUAGUGGGUCACAUGUAAUGGCAGACAGAGGCUUUAAGCAUAUAGAACCACUAUUAUUUGCGAUUGGUUGUAAGCUAACAAGGCCACCUAGUGUAGUGUCUGGUAAUAAAUUAUCUAAGGAGGAAGUGAAAGAAACAAAAAAAAUUGCAAGUCUAAGGAUCCACAUAGAGAGAGUCAUUAGACGCAUAAGGGAGUUUUCUUUUCUGAAGUCCCAUGCUUGUGUAAACAAUAAUCUUUUAGGAAAACUUGACGAUAUUAUAGUUAUAGCAUGUGGCCUCAUAAAUUUGCAAAACUCAUUAAUUAAUAAGUAACUAGAUACUAAGGUAUUGAACAAUGUAAACUGGAAAUAAAAGACUAAAAUACCAAUCA